AUGGCUGAACUACAUGGGACCACGAACUGGAUCAUCUCACGAUGUGAAUCGCUGUCUCUACUACAGUCUCUGGUCGGAGUCGUUGUGGUAGGACUAUGCCUUGGUUCCUAUCACUGGUUCCGGCAACAAUCUUUGAUCUCGACAGCCCCCAAGAAUGAUCAAGGAGACAUCAAAUACCCCCACAUCGUACCUCUGCAAGACUUCGACUGGAAGAAUACAGAACCACUUCAAUUCCGUCCAUUUCGUGGAAAGGAAAAAUAUAACUUGACUAUGGCAAUCGAGACUCUAGAUCCAUCAGAUCUAAUCCCAAUGGACAAAACAUACAAAGACCGACUCGCCCUCCGCAAGCAACUCCUCAACCAGCACCACGACAUCGUAGUCGCAGUCAACGACACCUCAACAGCAGACGCAAGAACCCACUCCGCCGUCCACGAACUAUACUCCUUCAUCAUGGCAACCUACCUCCCAUCCCGGUACCCCGGAAUGUUCAAGCUGCACCCCAGCACCAACACCACUCCUGCGAUCUUCGAAAAUACCAUCACAGGUGCAUCAUGGCCAACAAGACUAAGCCCAGAGACGCCCACGAUCCGCGCUCUGGAGAUCCUAGCACAAACCGUUGACGAAGAAUUUCUCAUCCUUCUCCCGGAUAUCUCGGCCUCGGAACACGACCCGAAGUAUAUACUUCAGGCGUAUGGGACGUGCUUUCCGUCGGGGUUUAAUACGCGCGAGAAGCUUGGGUUGCGGUUGGCUGAUAUCCAUACGCCUGUGCCUGGUUAUGCGGACAAGAUUGAACGUAGUAUGGAUCGGUUCUUUGCGAAGAUUGAGGUGGGGAAGUUUGUUAAGAGGGUGAAUUGGAGUGUAACGACGGAGACGGAGCUUUUUGCGGCUUUUGGAUCGGUGCAUGGGUCACACGUUUCUCAGGACAGGCAGGGUGAGAAUCUGGAGAAGGAGGAACGGGCUCUUCGGCUUGGGGAAUUGAACAUUGAUGAGACUGUUCUGCGCUGCGAGCGCCAAACUUUGCAUAGACUGCCGGAUUCCAAGGCUCUUGUCUUUUCUUUCCACACAUAUAUCUACCCUAUAAGGCAGAUCAAAGACGAGGGGCUUGGAGAAGAGUUUGCAGUGGCCAUUGAUGGUAUAAAGAAGGGGAAUGUACCCGGGAUGCAUGCCUAUAAAAGAGGAAAUUACUGGGGAGAGGCUGUCAAGGAGUUCUUACGAUCUUAA